AUGUCCACCCGCCCCGAAAUCGUAGGCAUGGAAACCGGCCCCGAGCCGCCGUACCCGUACAAGAUGGAAGGCAAGGUCAUUUCCGGCUUCGGCCGCGGCUCCAAAGAGCUCGGCAUCCCAACCGCCAACCUCCCCGUCGACAACGCCCCCUGGAUCGCCAACGUCCCCUCGGGCAUCUACUUCGGCUGGGCCUCCCUCGCCCUGCCCGCCGACCACCCGGACCAUCCUUCCGGCUCAUCUUCAUCAUCCUCCCUUGCCGUCUUCCCCAUGGUCAUGUCCAUCGGCUACAACCCGUUUUACAAAAACACCGUCCGCAGCGCAGAGGUCCACAUCCUGCACUCCUUCGCCAGGGAUUUCUACGACGCCCACAUGAGGCUGCUCAUCCUGGGCUUCAUCCGCGAGGAAAAGGACUACGAUAGCUUGGAGGCGCUGAUUCAGGAUAUCAACUUUGAUUGCGAGGUCGCUAGGAAGAGCCUCGAGAGGGAGGCGUGGAGGUGGGAUAAGGGGCGCAAGGAGGAUGCUGAGUGGUUUGUGAAGCCUUUAUAG